CAACUGUGCGUCCGUUCCUGCCCUGCGCAAACCAAUGCAUCUCUCUCUCUCUCUCUCUCUAAUUGACGGCGUGGAGUCGUCGAUGCUACCACUGUGACCGCCGGCGCAGCGGUCAACAAAGCGGCCAAGUAGUCGCCGAUUCUUCGGAUGGGUCCUCCUGACAUGAACUCUACUACUACACAGGAGUAGAACACAAAGCUUGAGCCGAAAACGGCGGCCGAGGCCAAGUAAUGCUACGAGGUUGCACCAACAUUUCCUCACUCGCCAAACCCACCUCUCACCCUCCCCCUCUUCCUCCUCCUCCAACGCCACCAUUUUUCUCUCUCCUCCGACUCUCCUCUCUCUCUCCUCCUCCUCCCCCGUCCUCGCCUCCUCCAUUCUCCUUCCACACCUACACACAAUCACAGUUUUUCUCUCUCCUCCGCGCCGCCACCUCCCGAACCUCGACCGACCGCAUUCACGCCCUCAUCAUAACCUCCGGCCACACCUCCUCAACCACAACAGACCCUUUCCUGACCAACGCCCUCAUCACCGCCUACUCCAAAUGCCACUCCCUCUCCUCCGCCCGCCGCCUGUUCGACAAAACUCCCCACCGAGACAUCGUCACCUGGAACUCGAUCCUCGCCGCACACGCUGCCCUUUCCUUCUCCAAGGAGGAGGAGAGGGAAGCGUGUGAACAUUUUCUAGAGGGUUUCCGGCUCUUUCGCCUUCUUAGGGUUUCUCCCCUUUCCCAAGCCAUUAACAAGCUCAGCUUAGCACCUGUUUUGAAGUUGUGUCUUGUAUCAGGUCACGUGGUGGCCGCGGAAGCGCUUCACGGGUAUGCCGUUAGGAUCGGGUUGGGUCGGGAUGGGUUUGUUUCGGGCGCGCUUGUGAACAUUUAUGCAAAGUUCGGGCAGGUGAGGACUGCCCGGGCUUUGUUCGAUGAGAUGCCUGGAUCCGAAAAGGAUGCGGUGUUGUGGAACGUAAUGGUAAAGGCGUUUAUGCGAAUGGGGCUCGAGGAGGAUGCGUUUGCACUUUUCGUUGAAUUUCAUCGUAGUGGAUUGCGUCCAGAUGACCUUAGUGUGAGUUGUGUUUUUACCGGGGGCUUGGGAGAUGUUCGUGAUGAAAGCAGCAACGAUUUUGUGGAGCAAGUUCGAGCUUAUGCGACUAAACUGUUUCUGCACGGUAAAGUUUCGGAUGUUUAUUCGUGGAAUAAGAAGUUGUCUGAUUAUAACAGAGCUGGUGAUCAUUUUUCUGCUGCUGAAUGCUUUUUGGUAAUGAAUAGAUCAAAAGUAGGCCGCGAUGGCGUGACACUAGUUGUUUGUCUUGCUGCCGUUUCUGGGAUUAAUGACUCGGAGUUGGGACAGCAGAUUCAUUGUAUGACAGUGAAAUUGGGUUUGGAUUUAGAUGUUACAGUUGCAAAUAGCCUUAUUAACAUGUAUUCAAAGACCGGGUGCCUUAGUGUUGCACUCAAAGUAUUUGCAAGCAUGGAGGAACGGGAUUUAGUUUCAUGGAACUCAGUGAUAACUAGUUGUGCACAAAGUGGUUUAGAGGAGGAAUCUGUGACCUUCUAUCUAGGUCUGUUGGAUGACAACUUCAGGCCAGAUCACUAUACAUUAGCAAGUGUUUUGAGGGCAUGCUCUUCACUCACUGCAGGAUUUUCUCUUGGUGAACAAAUUCAUGUUUAUGCGUUUAAAACGGGGAUCAUAGCUGGCAAUUUUGUUUCAACAGCACUAAUUGAUGUUUACUCUCGAGCAGGAAGGACGGAAGAGGCAGAGUUGCUUCUGCAAAGUAAAGACGGAUUUGAUUUAGCCUCAUGGAAUGCCAUGAUGUUUGGGUACAUUACUUGCGACGACAGUUGCAAAGCAUUAAGACUCUUCAAUAUAAUGCACAGAAGAGGAGAGAGGUCUGAUGAGAUCACGAUAGCUACUGCUGCAAAAGCCUGUGGUUGCUUGGUAGACUUAGAACAAGGUAGGCAAAUUCAUGGUCAUGCCCUAAAACUUGGGGUUGAUUUGGAUUUAUGUGUCGGUGGUAGUAUUCUUGACAUGUAUAUUAAAUGUGGAGAGAUGGGGGAUGCGCAUAACGUUUUUCAAGCAAUCCCUUCGCCAGAUGAUGUUGCUUGGACAGCUAUUAUUUCGGGGUGUGUGGAAAAUGGAGAAGAGGAUCUUGCACUUUCAAUAUACCAUCGGAUGAGGCAGUCUGAUGUACCCCCUGAUGAAUACACCUUUGCUACGCUCAUCAAAGCCAGCUCUUGCUUAACAGCAUUGGAACAAGGAAGACAAAUUCAUGCCAAUGUGAUCAAACUGGAUUGUGCUUCUGACACUUAUGUAGGGACGUCUCUUAUUGACAUGUAUGCAAAAUGUGGCAACAUAGAAGAUUCAUAUCGACUAUUUAGAAGGAUAGGUUUUGAAAAUAUUGCCUUGUGGAAUGCCAUGAUGGUAGGUUUAGCUCAACACGGGCAUGCCUGUGAAGCUCUCAAGCUAUUCAAAGAUAUGAAGCUUCUUGGUAUAAAGCCUGAUCAAGUUACAUUUGUUGGAGUUCUCUCCGCAUGCAGCCAUUCUGGCUUAAUUUCUGAAGCUUACUCGUACUUCCAUUCAAUGCAUCAAGAUCAUGGUAUUCAACCAGAGAUUGAGCACUAUUCUUGCCUUGUUGAUGCUCUUGGUCGUGCAGGACGUGUUCAAGAGGCAGAAAAGCUUAUUGCAUCAAUGCCUUUUAAAGCAUCCGCUUCAAUGUAUAGAGCCCUGCUUGGUGCUUGUAGGGUUCUAGGUGACUCAGAAACUGGAAAACGUGUGGCCAGUAGACUUUUGGAUUUAGAGCCAUUUGACUCAGCAGCUUAUGUUCUUUUAUCUAAUAUCUAUGCUGCUGGCAAUCAAUGGGGUCAGAUGGAGGAUGCUAGGAAUGGAAUGAUGAGAAAGAAUGUUAAGAAGGAUCCAGGAUUUAGUUGGAUAGAUGUAAAAAAUAAAUUGCAUUUGUUUGUGGUGGAUGAUAGGUCACAUCCACAAGCUGACAUGAUAUAUGAUAAGGUGGAGGAUUUGAUAACAAGGAUUAAAAAGAAAGGAUAUGUCCCCGACACUGACUAUGUGCUGCUUGAUGUGGAGGAAGAAGAAAAAGAGCGAGCUCUCUAUUACCAUAGUGAGAAGCUAGCUAUAGCUUUUGGACUGAUAAUCACAUCUCCAUCUACGGUAGUCCGGGUGAUAAAAAACCUUCGAGUUUGUGGGGAUUGCCAUAAUGCAAUCAAACAUAUAUCACAGGUUUCCCAACGUGAAAUUGUGUUAAGAGAUGCAAAUCGAUUCCAUCACUUCAAAGAUGGAACCUGUUCUUGUGGUGAUUACUGGUAGAGUGACAUUUGGUAACGAUUUUGCGUUGACAAGGUUCCAUGAGUUGAGAACUAGAAUUCUCAUGCUUCUGAGGAAAAUGUGAUCACCCUUCAUGCUAUAGUGGUUAUAGAAAAUCUGCAGUAGAAGCAUUGAAUAGUUGUCCCGGAUUGAGUGUUGGUUUUGAUGCUUACAACAGGCAAUGGGUUUGAUGCAAACUACGGAGAAAAUCCAUCCGAUGCUUUCUUUUUGUGGAAAAAAAAAGUUCAGCCCCAUGUUUCUGGCAGUCAAUUUGAAGGAGUUCUAGCUAUGCGUUGCCGUUCCCUGCAGGCUGCCACGUAUUCAAACUUUGGGAUUUAUUGGAACUAUGUACACGGUAACUUUCUUUGGUACUUAUUCACUUCAACUUAUUGUUUUAUUCCCGUGUGCCUCUUGCCUGGCAUCAAAGUAGCAUAGUUUGAUACCAGGCAAGAGUUUUGUAGGCAUGUUUAUGUUUCUUGCAUCAGGCUCCCUUGGUCAUGAUUUUUUUUGAACAGCAAAAUAUUUUUUUGAACAGCGCUCCCUUGGUCAUGAUGACAUGUUACCUGCAGAACAAGUUCGGAAAUUCUAUACUUGCAUGGCUAUAUCAGAGUUGCACCAUGUGUAUUAGCCAGUCUGUUUUGUUAGCUUUCAACUUGAGCCAAUUGUAGUUACAUUUGAUAUUUUUGGGGAUAAUCAGGCAAGUUGUACCAAGAAUUCAGUUUACUGAGAUCCUAGCAAGGGGCCAUUCACUGGAUUGAGCAUCGUAGGUAAAACUUAAGCACAGAAACAGCUCAAAUAGCCAAAUUAUACCUCCUCAUGAAUUUCCGUUCGGUUCAUUAUUAUUGGGGACAAGAGGCAAGUUUUACAAGAAUCAGACUAAGUUCUCUUCUAUUAAACAGCAGCACUGAAAUGGGUUGUACUACUGUCUGUGCAUUUGCAAGUAUUCCGUUGAAUUGAAUACACCUUUUUUUUCCCCUGAUCCUAUUAAUUAUUUAGUGUACAGGCGAUUUUCUUUCACUGGCCCUUGGAGGGAUCAAUAGCAUGAUUCACAUAGUCUAAUAUUGUUAAGUGGUAGCGGAAGGUUGUGUGUUGCUCUCACCGACCCUGUUCUUUCUUAGAUCAGUUAAAUUCCUUUUUAGUUGUGAAUUCACAAGCUUUAUGAUGGGGAAUACGAGGGAUCACCCCACAUGAUGUUCAAGUUUGACCCUGGUGGAUAUUUUGUUAUUAUAGU